GCGAGGGGAGCCGCCGCGCAUGCGCCCCCCGCGGAGGUCUGCGUCCAUUCCCGCCCCGCCGUGCCAGCGCCGCGCCGCCCGCGGGGGGAAGAUCCGUCUGUCUAUGUGUGCCCACUCUUCCCUGGGAGAUGUCCAAUGUUUCCAGUUACGCCCUUCGAAUGGCCCGGCUGAGUGCUCAGAUAUUUGGAGAAAUUGUCAGGCCAACUGACUCAAAAUCUAUGAAAGUAGUGAAGUUAUUCAGUGCGCAGCCUUUGGCCAAGCAGAAGGAGGUCUACAGCUGGUAUCCUCCUCACAACACCUACUAUGCCCUCAUGAAGAAACUCCGUUACUUUGGUCUCUACAGGGAUGAGCAUCAGGACUUCAAGGAGGAGAUGAGGCGAUUGAAAAAGCUCCGUGGGAAGGAAAAACCGAAGAAGGGGGAAGGAAAGAGAGCUCUGAAGAAGAAAUAGUGCCACUUGGACAAUAUAAUGAACUACUCUGGAAAUGCUGGAGAACAGCUGUAACCCAGGCUUUCUGUUCCCAGCUGGAGAGGGCUCGGCACGUGGACUGCGUGUGGAGCACAAGAAACCCACGGAAAUACUGGAGUCCACCUUGGGAGUGCACUUGGGUCUGCGGUUUUAGUGGGUUUGAAUUUCUGUAGUUUAAAUACACUGUAGCACGUAGGCUUGUCAGAGCCCUCUCCUACCCAAGUAGUAAAAACAAUAGUAAAAAAAUAAGUGCUCGGUGUUUUUCUUGCAAAGACCUGUAGCUGUUUCAGUUUUUCAGAAUCUGGAAAAUUGAUCGCCUCUCGCUGUCUAUUUUACUUUCUUGGAUUAAUAUCAACACUGGUUUGCAUGUGGCCACAAAAAAGUAAGGUUUCCUGCUUCUACUGCUGUUUGUCAUCUUGCUUGUAUAAUGAGUCUCACUUGAGGUAGCUUUAGUGUUAUUUUUCUUUUUUAAAGUUGCUGUUAGAAUCUCUUGUUCUGCAUUUUGCACUGGACAAUACUUCAUGGUCCAUUGCCUGUCCACAGCACUCUAUUUGUACCUUGAAUAUUUACAUACUGCAACAGAAGGAGCUGAAAUGAAGGCUCAAACUGUUUUCCAGUUUGAGACCCCCCCCCCCACCUAAUUAAAAUACAGUAUUUAAGCUUACUGUAAUAGCAGCAUUUUGAAUUUACUUUGAUUGCCUGGAGGAGAUGUAUGAAAUACUUCAUAAGCUGAUGAGCGCUGUUACUGGCAUUUAGUAUGUGGUUUUAGCACUAGGCUCCUCUAGUGUUAAUGAUUGCAGAGAUCUGUUCUUGCCUGUCAGUUCCCGUCAGGGAAUAGAAAGUGCGGGGUGCUGCUGUGCCUGGCCACGUGUGCAUCUUGCCUGGGUGUGCCCUGAAACAGCAUCUUUUAAUUUCCAGACCAUGUAAACUUAGAGGAACAUCCUUGAGGUAGUAAAGGAGAGCUAUGAACAAUGUAGAGUGGCUGAAGCAGUCAGUAUUGGCACAGUCAGCUUGGGGUAUGCUUGGUUUUACAUCCGGCGGCAGUCCGGAGCAGUGCUGACCUACUGCCAUUUCCAAACUGAGCUUGUUCAAAUUUAAGUGUAUCUGCAGGGAUCUGUGAUCAUUGAAAUGACUGGAUCCACAUAAAUUUGUAACGGCUCAACUGUACUUCACCAAGGUUAUUAACUGAAGAGGUGCUGAUUGUAGUAAAGGUGCUUUUGGUGAGCUGUGUAGUUCUUGUUCAGUAUCCUCACUGAGCGAUACCUGGUUUUCUAAGCUCCAAGAGAAGAUUUUUAGAUCUGCAGUGUUGUGGGAGAAACACCUGAGUUCUCAGGAGAGUCAACAAAAUGAUAUAGAAGUUAGUAAAACGUAUAUCUGCUCUGUACUGUAGUGGCAAGUUUUUCUCUUAUUUUAAUUAAAAAUCCAUUUAGUAGCUUGCAACUUUAGCUCAACUGUAACAUGCCUAUGGUAUUUUAGUGUUCUGUGGGUUGUGACCUGUCAGAUACUGAAUUACACAGAGCCUGUGAUGGGCCCUCGGACAAGUAUUUGGUUCCUGGAGCACAUGCACAAAGCCAGGGGCGGUGGUCUGGUUCCCUUGAAUUCCUCUUCAGGAAGAAGAGCGGCACAGAGCCAUGUGUUAGGUACGCGAGGGAGCUGCCGGAGUAGGAAGGUUGCUGCUGCCUGGCACUUUCUGGCUGUGGCUGUGAGGGGUGAAGUUGCUCAGUUGUUUGCUCUGGGAGAGGGAGAGAGAGCCCAGUUCUGAUUCUCCUCAGCAGAAUUACUGUGGCAGCCUUGGACAGCUGGCAAUUGUACUUACAACAGCUUUUUAGGCAAGAACUUGAUGUCUUCCAAAAUGAAACCAAAGAUCAAUAAAAAUGUUUUCCCUUUCUUAGGUUUAAGAAAGUGUGCAUGCGUCAAAAAGUGAAUUAUGGUCCUGCUCCAGUGAAGUAAGUACACAUGGCCUUAAGCUUUGUGUGUGGGGGCGGAUCUGGUUAGGCCUGUACAUCUAAUGAUACAUGAAAUACUUCUACAGUGUGAUUGGCCAUGCUUAUGCUUCGGAAUCCACACGUAGCCUGCUUAAGGACUGAGCAGCUACGGAGCCUGCUAAAGGCAGUGAAUGCUACAGGUAUUCUGUGUCUGAGCAUGCCACCUCGCUAGACACAGACAUGGACUCAGCAGUGUAAUAUUAGGUAAUUAGGCUUGCGGAUCAGACCUGUUCUUGUCUCCUCCCAAGACAGCUAGCUGUUUAUAGAUUUUGAGAAGCUCUUGUCACGAACAGGGAAGCGAAAGGCUUGUUUGGCUAGUCAUCUACAGUGAUCCUCUUUGUCUGCAACCUGCCAGAGCAAACCUGCUCUAGAAUCAAAGCAUCACCUUGGGAAGGUACUUAGAGCAGCAUAUCCGAAAAGGCAGAGGAGCUGAUUGGAGUGCCUGUGAAGUAAGCAGAUGUGAAGCAAAUGGACCGAAUUGUUGAUUUUCAUCUUCUCUCUGCAGCAUUUAUAAAAGCAAAGGGGAUGGAACAAAAAAAAUGGUAGCUUUUUAAAAGAGCAGUAUAAGUACAAGAAAGGUUCCCCGGCCUAAUUUUUCAUGAUAUUUCUUCCGUCUCAUUCACUAUAAUGAGGUUGUCUUGAAAAUGGUUGUUUCCCUUCACCUGAGACUUCGCUAUAAAAUAACAAUGAUUCAGCCGUUACUGGAGUAUAUCCUAGUAUUAGGAUAAUGCAUUGCUUGCUGGGAGUAUUAGUGUAACUACUUCGUUCCAGAAAAUACAGCCUUCUCUCCAUAGCUGGGAGAGAAAUAGGCACUUCCCUACCGCCCUUCUGACCCAUGCUCUGUCAUUUAGGAAUAGAUGUUGCCUGAAGAAGACUACGUUUUGUGAAUCGCAGGGUCCUGACAAAUUGGAAGUCAAUCCUGAAACAUCAUGUCAGGUAUUGGUGCAGUAUGUGUAUCUGGGAGGGGAAGGAGAGCUUCAGCCACUUUCUGAGGGGUAAGGAUAGGAACACUUAGCUUUACACAGCUAUUGGUACAGUGGUGUACCCAUUUUAUGUACAAAUAAUCGAGUUCAAUUAGAUUUUUAUUUUUAGCUUUUCCCUUACAGUGAAUCUUUUCAGUAUGCAAACUCUGCUGUGUUUUGUUACAAAAUCCCCUCUUUUCCUGAGGGUGUGAGCUGACUGUCCUUAGCAGACAUUUAGAUGGAUGUUUUAAUUCUUGAUCAGAAUAAACCUGAUCAGCUGAUAUCUGCGGGACUAACUGAGAGUCAGAACCCUAACCUCUUCCCAAUCCUCAACACCUUUAUUAAGUGCCACGGCUUCUUUAUUUUACAGUGCUUUAACUAUGUCUGUCUGUAAUUAUACUCUGGUAGAAUACAGUCACAGCUGCUGAGUUCUGCCCAAAUAAUCACAAGUUAUUUUGUAAACAGCCUGACCCAGUUGCUGUGCAUCUCCUACAGGGAUUGGAGCUAUUGCUAGAAUCUCUUACUGUGGAAAGUCCUGCAGACAGGCAGAAGUUCACUUGCAUACAACCAUGCUUUGUAAUGGUGGAAGGAAAAAAGAAGAAAAGCAGUCUUGCUUUCUGGCAAAGGUACCAGUGUGUGAAAAUACUUGUGCUCCACUCAGGAAAGUAUCAACUUGAAAAAAAGCUUCUCCUAGUGUGGAAAGAGUUUAUUCUAGCUAUUAAAGCAAUGUACUGAGUUUCCACAGGUCAGCAAAAUGCACCUGAGUUAUUCUUUGGUUUUAGACAAACGCUUUGUCUUACUUGCUUAUGUUUCCUCAGGAGUAAAAUUAGAAUAAUGAUCACUUAGUGAGUAGUGUCAUGAGGGUGAGCUGCUUCUAGGAUGGGAAUUUACCUCAGGAGAACCUUGUGUAAAGAGCAGCUUAGUCUGGAUAUGGUAGGACUCGUACCUCUGCAUAUUUCAGGGCUUUAUUUCAGGGCGAUGAUUGUAUACAACACUUGAUGACGUUUUUAACACAAAAUAAGCUGUGGUAAGUUACUGUGUUCACUGUUCUGCUUUAGAUGUUAGAGAUUUAAAAUGCUGAAAAAAAUCUUGGUCAGAAAGUAAAAAUAAAAAAAAAAAAAAAAUCACAA